AUGUUUAUGUUCUUUACUGCUGCAGAUGGCGAAAUCAGCUAUGAUUAUGAGGGAAAUACCGUCAACAAGCAACUACUUUUACUGCUUGACAUCCUUGAAAAGAAGUUACCUUGCCCUAUGACGGAAUAUAUUAACCUCCUUUACUUUGCCACCAGAAACAACUUCGAUGACUGUUGCCUCACUAUUAUGAGAAAGUUGUCUACUUUGACCGAUAAAUUCACCAAUGAGGCCUUGCUGGACAAGACUAGAGAUGAUGAAUUUAUGGCCAUCGUGUCUUCUGCACUAAAAUUCGGGGAUUAUGAUGGUGCAGCAACCAAACUUAUGAGAUAUCUCAAAGUUAAACAUCCAUUCGAUGAUUUUGGUAGGGGCGAAUGGAUUUCUUAUUUGCAGUACACGGCGUACCAAACUGCCGAAUCUUAUGGCUGUAUCGAACUUUGCAAACUUAUUGAAGAGGUGAAUGGGAAAUUAGACUCAGAGUACCACAGAGACUACCGGCUUAAUGAUACAGAGACAUACAACUGCAUACUAGAGUCAUUAUGCUAUUCAAACAAGUCUUCCGACUUUAUUGAGUCCUUUUCACAAGAAUUCGAUAGAAUGUACGAACUCACUCGAGAUGCAAGAUCAUUUUCUAUCUUGAUACGACACUAUCUUCAAUCAGGAGACGUUAAAGCAGCUGUAAACUCAUUUGAAACAUCGUUGGAAGAAGCCGUGGCAUGGGACGAUGAUUAUGGGGGAAUAUAUAUCCCUGUGUUGUUUCACUUACUUGCCGAUUACUUUGACAAGACCUCUGACGACCUAUACUAUAAGACCCAAGUUUACAAGAAGAUCAAGGCUUUUGAAUAUCCUCUAGACAAAAACGCUCUUCAUGCAAUGGUGAAACAAUUUCUCAAGGGAAACUUUGUUGGUGAUGCGAUGGAGAUUUUUGAAAGGGAGGUUCCAAGCUUGAAGAAUACCAAGGAUAGAUAUGAUAUCAGCGACUACCCCAGAUUGAUUGAGUUAUAUUAUCGGUAUGCUGUUACAAACUGUGAAGAUUUGAAAAGCAACUGGCUUCUUUACGAAUUUCUGGAGAAAUUCUUUUCUCUACCCUAUGAAUUCUAUCCUGCGCUCCUUAAGUACUGGAUAGACGUGGGAUAUCCCUCGAGAGCACUAAAAAUAUAUGCAGAUAUGAAGCAGCUCAGCAAAGAAAAUAAACUGCCACCACCAAGAGAAGAAAUAUACAUCUAUCUUUUACAAUCCUUCAGCAGAUUUCAAUAUGAAGAUGGGAUUUCGAAACUUCAGUUGGCCGUGAAAAUGGAUCUCUCUCUAAAUAUGGAUAUAAAAUUGCUGAACGCACUGAUGGGUGCAUUAUGCUCUAUAGAAGACUCUUUCCGCGUUCGUGAUAUGUUUAACCAGGCUCAGGCGUUGCCUGCCAGAUAUGGUCUGAACCAGGAGAGCUGUUACUGGGCAUUGAAAUCGUUGAAGUUUGCAUCUUUGAACGAAGUGAAUAACUUUUAUCUCAACUUAUCACAGUUUGAGAUUCUUCCGGAUGCUAAUAUCUUUGGUGAGUACCUAAUUGCCCAUUGCUAUUACGAGCAAUACGGUACAGCUCUUGAAAAACUUAUCGAUACUUAUGAAAACGGUGACCUAGAUUUGAUAGACCGAAAUGUUUUGAGGAAUUUCCAUAACUUCUGCUUGAACGACAGAGUACGUCACAAACUAGACGAUUUCGCAACGGAAAAGUUAUCACAACUUUGGAAAGAUUUAAAGCAAAGUGGUGAGCUACUCGAGGACACUUUAAAACAGCCUUCUCUAUUAGACAAUCCGUACCAAGAGAUUGAGCUCAAAAUUAGAUGA